AUGACUUUUGAAGUAUACUAUAACGAUAGGGAAUUCAGUAUUAGUAAGAAGUUUAUAUUCAUACUAUUUAAAUUUAUUCAUAAUUUUUGUGCUUCUCUUCAGGGUCUAUUAGAACAUAAUGUGAGACUUCAGGUGGAAGUAGAAGAAUUAAGAAGGCAGCUGAGUGAUAAACAAGAGUUAUUAGCAGCCGCUGCAGAAGCGAUUGACGUAUUAGAGAAUCAGGGUUCGAUUUCUACGGAAGCCGUGGAGGUUUCAAUGAACAACAGUAAUCUGAAAAAAGAAAACGAAAUUCAGAAGGACACAAAUGGCCUCGAGGAGAAAGCUAAUGAAACUUACCAGGAAUCUGAAUCGGCGGGAGAGAAUAUAACUGCGACAAAUGACGAAAUGGAUCAGCUAACAAGAUUAAGAAAAGAGAAUCAGAAAGCUUUUAAAAUGAUAAAAGUAUGCACGAAGAAGAUUCAGCAACAGGACAAGGAAAUAAAAAAAUUGAAAUUGAAUAAGGAAUUGACAUACGCACACGUCAGUGAUUCCCAAAUGGAAAAAUAUGAGGAAAUAUUAAAAUGCAAGGACGAAUACAUUAAAGAUUUGGAAAAUAAAGUGAGACAGCUACAAAGUAACGUUGAUCAUGAACAAACUACAGAACCCGCUGGAAACUUGCAGCAGAUCCUCACCAAGCGACUUCAGGGAAUGGCUUAUUUUCUGGACAAACUUUUAUCCCAUAAGUGUGUCUUAGGAGAGGAAAAGAAAAAAUUGGCCGAAAGUAUUUUGGAACAAAGCUUAGCACUUCCAGUUGGGCUAAAAUUAGACGAAUCGAUGGCUCCUGAAGAUUUCACUAUGGAUGAAAGUAACCUUGAUAUUUCUCAAUCUAUGAGGAUAGAAGAUUUGACCAUGAUGUUUGGCCAUCACUUAACUUGCAGUGACGAAAACCAUAGACAUUCUUCUAAAAAGAGAUCAUAUCCUCAGGCUGAUGCUAUUUCCGAGUCUGAGGAUUGGUCGGAGCCAGAUAGAAAUGUGUCGCUAGCGAGAGUAGGGCUUUGUAAUGCUGGAGUGGUAGAAAGAGAAUCAGCAUCGGACAUUCUUAAGUAUCGAUCUCGAAGAUCACGUGUGUCAUUCGGUUCACGUACUGAAGACCGAAAAACAAAUAAUUAUCAAGCAUUAUUGGAUCAAAUUAGUGACUUGACAGAAUAUAACCAAGAGUUGAAGGACGAAAACAGAGAACUCGGUGCAAAAUUGGCUAAUGCAACGAAACAAAUCGACGGGCUAGUGAGUGAAAAAGAAGAAUUAAAAAUAUGUUUAGAAUCUGAGCAAUCUAAAUUGGAUAGCGCAAACAGUAAUGUAGAAGAGAUGAAACAAUCUUUAUCACUUUUCGAGACCCAAAUAAAGGCCAAUGAGCAGCAGAUAGCAUAUAAUGUGCAAUUGGUAGAAAAGUUACGAUCAGAGAAACAAGAGCUUGAGGCUGCAUUUUUGGAAACCGAGCGUUCACUGCGUCGGGCCGCAGAUGAGGCCACAGUGCAAGCGUCACAGGCUGCCUUAGAAAGAGCUCGAGCACAUCACGACAAGUUGAGGGUUGAGAGAGAAUUGGAGGAAACAAGAGAAAGACUCUCUGCGGCCCUAGAGGCUAAUUCUAAAUUAGAAAUUGAAAUUACGCGUAAAAUACCAUUGGAGGUGGAUAAUAAGUUUGACGAGUUCCAUGACGGACUUCAUUCUGAGGAGGAACGUCCAACAUCCCCAGACCAAGGUAUAGAUAGUGAUAGAUUGUCAAGUUUGGAACACAAUGAGGCAGUUAAUUUAUCGCCACGUUCUCUAUAUGAAGAAAAUGUUGUAUUGAAACAAAAACUCGCAAGGACUAAAGCUACCCUAGCAGAGACUUUAACACAAUUAAAUGCAGCUAAUAUGCGGAAAAGAAACGUGCAACGGGCUAUUUGUCGUGAAAUUCAUAAAACUCAGGGAGUUCUCCGUAAAGCUCGUGAUCAUCUUGAACAUCACAAUUAAAAUGUAUUCCAUAAUCUUUUUAUUUAAAUUUAGAAAAGUGGAUGUAGUGCUUGCAUACCCUUAAAGUUACCUAUUAUUAUAAUCUUUUUGACAUGCAAAGGUAAAAUCUGUUAGCCUCUUUGUACUAAGUGAUGGAUAGACAGAGGUGGGCCACAAACAGUCGUCCGAAUGACCGUGAUACGUCAGUAUGAUAUGUAUAGAUAUCAUUCCAAAAUUCGGUAUCUUUGGAAUCAAUUAUUAACAUACAAUUUUUAUCAUUAUAAAUUGACAGCACACACAACAAGUUUAUAUUAAAAAGUAUGUUACUCACAUAUUGUCUUGUCGUCCCUGCCUCUUCAGUUCGUUUUUAAUAACGAUCGUGAUUAAUAACGAAUCUAUGGACUUCGUGAGUCUAAUUGGUUUUAAUUAUAUGAUUAGUAUUGUUAUUGAAGUUGUACUUAUUUAAAUGUAUUUUAUACGACCAUAACUUUUUGA